UGUUGUUUGAUAGUCAUAGGCUCUCAUACCAAGCUUCUCCCUUGUCCCUGCUCCUAGCACCCUGGGGCCCCUAGCACUGCUGGACUUGGGUGCAGUGGGGCACAGAUAGUGACUGUGCCAUGCCUGGGGGAGCCCUAUCUGUCACAAGUUCUGAGUGAGCACCAUCUGUGUGGAUCCCGACGCACAUCUCGUGGAGAGAGGCCAAGCCAAGUAUCCAGCCCCAUGAGCUCCUUGAGGGCAAGCCCAAGGAUACCUUAUCUCUCUCCUGACUUCCUUUAUGGUUUGACACGUGGUCGUAGUCAGUGCUGUUAAGGAGAAGACCGAGGCUGGGUUAUCACUGGAGGAAGAAAAACUGAGCAGCCGGCUGGGCUGCGGUUAUUUGGGACCAUGGAUGAAGAUAUACAACAGGGGUGAUACUGCCACCUAGGGUGUAUCUUGGAAAUUUAUGGGGCUUUUCUUUUUUUUUCUUUUUCUUUUGGCUGCACAGUGUGGCAUGUAGAAUCUUAGUUCCCCUGACUACGGAUCAAGCCCAUGCCCCCUGCAGUGGAAGUGCAGAGUCUUAACCACUGGACCACCAGGGAAGUCCCUAUGGGGCAUUUUUUGAUUGGUGUAAAAAUUUGAAGGGAUGGGAUUUACUGGCGUUUAGUUGGCCUGUACAGGAUGCUACACAUCCUGAAAUGCCCAGCAAUUUAUUUUGAAGAAUUCCCAAGACAACCUUUGAAUGUACAUCAUGUAUAUGAAAAUCCUGUUUAUCUGAGCCUAGAAUUAUUUAGUGUUAUAUGAUCAAAUUAUUCAUAAACACAGAAUAGUUUUUGCACAUUUGGGAAAAGACAGUUUGCCGGGAAUGUACCUCUGUGUAAAUUAAAACAAUGCUUUGUUCAUCGCUUUACCAAGAACUUGUUCACUAUUUUGGAACACCAGUUCACUAACGGCAGCACUGCUUGUUGCACGUGUCAUGAGGAAAGCACCAAUAUCAGUUGGCGUUGUAGCUGUCAUAUUCACGGUGAUUCCACAUGGGGGUGGGCACUGGACUACUUCAUUGCCUCCUGGUUUAGUUGGGCCCAAGUUUUCACACACUGAAAUACCUGUUAUCAUAAAUUACUUUUGUUUCUCCUUUAUAUUGCAGUGAGAACAUUAUAUGGAGUUGUGCUCACUGUUGUCAUACAUGAUGUGAGGAUGUUUCCUUUCGAGGGGCAGCCAAGACAAGAAGAAGGGCAGGGAAGCAUGAGCCGAUCACCCCCUAACGCCAUACAACUCCGAUCCGUGGGCUCCCAGGGUACCAUGGCUUCCCUGCCACAGCCGCCUGCCGUCCAGAAUCCCUCCUCUCACUCUUGGGCCUCUCUGUGUGGGCCUCCUCCCUGGGGCCUCAGCUGUCUUCUGGCUCUGCAGCAUAUCUUGGUCCUGGCUUCUGUGCUCUGUGCCUCCCAUCUGCUCCUGCUUCGAAGUCUCCCUGCAGGAGGACUCUCUUCCUUCCCUGCCCAGCUCCUGGCCUCCAGCCUCUUUUCAUGUGGCAUGUCUACUGCCCUGCAAACUUGGCUGGGCAGCAGGCUGCCUCUUGUCCAGGCUCCAUCCUUAGAGUUUCUUAUCCCCGGUCUGGUGCUGACCAGUCAGAAGCUCCCUCUGGCCAUUCGGACACCUGGAAACUGUGAGCAGAGAGCAAGGGCACAGGCCUCCCUUGUGCUGCGCCUGUGUAGGGGGCCUGGCUGCCAUGGCCUGGAGCUCUGGAACACUUCUCUCAGAGAAGUGUCCGGGGCCGUGGUGGUCUCUGGGCUGCUGCAGGGCAUGCUGGGGCUGUUGGGGGGUCCUGGCCACUUGUUCCCCCACUGUGGGCCCCUGGUGCUGGCCCCCAGCCUGGUUGUGGCAGGGCUCUCUGCCCACAGGGAGGUGGCCCUCUUCUGCUCUACUCACUGGGGCCUGGCAUCACUGCUUAUCCUGCUCAUGGUGGUCUGUUCUCAGCACCUGGGCUCCCGCCUGUUACCCCCACGCCCCUGGAGGCCAUCUUCAAUCUCUUCAACCCCUUCAACCCACACUCACACCCCUGCCUUCAGGCUCCUCUCGGUGCUGAUCCCAGUGGCCUGUGUGUGGAUCGUUUCUGCCCUUCUGGGUCUCAGCAUCAUCCCCCAGGAGCUGUCUGCCCCCACCGAGGCACCGUGGCUUUGGCUGCCUCACCCAGCUGAGUGGGACUGGCCCUUGCUGACACCCAGGGCUCUGGCUGCGGGCAUCUCCAUGGCCUUGGCAGCCUCCACCAGCUCCCUGGGCUGCUACGCCCUGUGUGGCCGGCUGCUGCAUUUGCCUUCUCCACCUCCGCAUGCCUGUAGCCGAGGGCUGAGCCUGGAGGGUCUGGGCAGUGUGCUGGCUGGGCUGUUGGGGAGCCCCAUGGGCACUGCAUCCAGCUUCCCCAACGUGGGCACAGUGAGUCUUCUCCAGGCUGGAUCUCGGCGAGUGGCCCACUUGGUGGGGCUGCUCUGCGUGGCACUUGGGCUCUCCCCGAGGCUGGCCCAGCUCCUCACCAUGAUCCCGCUGCCUGUGCUUGGUGGGGUGCUGGGGGUGACCCAUGCCGUGGUUCUGUCUACUGGAUUCUCCAGCUUCCACUUGGCUGACAUUGACUCUGGGCGGAAUGUCUUCAUUGUUGGCUUCUCCAUCUUCAUGGCCCUGUUGCUGCCAAGAUGGUUUCGGGAAGCUCCAGUUCUACUGAGCACAGGCUGGAGCCCCUUGGAUGUGUUACUACGCUCACUGCUCACAGAGCCCAUCUUCCUGGCGGGACUCUUGGGCUUCCUCCUAGAGAACACCAUUCCUGGUACACGGCUUGAGCGAGGCCUAGGUCAAGGGCUGCCAUCUUCUUUCACUGCCCAAGAGGCUCGGAUGCCUCAGAAGUCCAGGGAGAAGGCUGCUGAAGAGUAUGAGCUUCCCUUCUCCAUCCAAAAUCUGUGUCCCUGCAUUCCCCAGCCCCUCCGUUGCCUCUGCCCACUGCCCGAAGACUCUGGGAAUGAGGAAGGAGGGCCCUCUGAGGCAGGAGAGACAGCUGAUUUGCUGACUGGUUUUGGGGAGCAGUUCCCUGGGUCCAGCAGAGAACUUAGGUCCCAGUAAUUACUAGAAC